UCCAAGAGCCGUUGCGCUUCAAUAGUAUUUGACAAACACGAACACAUUUGCCACUAUUUUUCUAUUGGUGGACUAGACAAUGUUGUACCCGAAAAAGGAUUUGUUUAUUUAAGCCUUAUAUCUAAAGAGUGUAUUGUUGGCUCAGAAGAAGAUAAAUCGGAAGCAAAUCAAGAGAACAGAAAAAACACAACAAACACAUCAACACCCACAGCCACAACAACAACAACAAUAUCACCACCUCCCCCUCCUUCCUCUCCAAUAAUUGUAACACCCAAGAAAUACAACAGAGAGAAUCAAAGCAUUAUCGAGCCUACUAUCGAGAAGCAACAAAUUUCAAAAUUUUCUAAACAAGAAGUUGAACAAUUUUUGUUGAAUGAGGAACACUUUACAACGAUGAUAACAACCGAGAAACCAUUGGAGGAAACAGAAGCUGAAGGUAAAAAAGUUUUUUUUGUUUAAAAGGUCAGAGUUGAAGCCUUAAAAUGUCCAAAAUCCAAGACGUCCCAACCUCAAAACCCCUCAAACCCCCAAAACGCCCCAACCCUCAAACCAGCCCUCCCCCAAAAAAUAUCAAAAAACCCCUCCUUUCAUCAAUUUCAGAUUCGAUCAGUUUUCUAGAAGAAAUUGAUAGAGAAUUAAGAGAAAAGGAAGAAGAAAAUCCAGAAGAAUCAGAAGAGGGACUGGAAGCUCGAUUAAAAGAAGAACAAAAUUUAAUAAUAAUUCCAACCCUUUCAAUGCUUAAAAUAAAGAAAAGGAUAAAAAAUGAAGAAGAAGAAUUAAAAGAAAUUAGAAGACAUCCAAGACUAGACAAUUAUAUCAACAAUAAAAACAAUAGAGUUGAUAAUUAUUUGAUUAAACAACAAAAUCGAGUUGGAAAAAUAAAUAAAUUAAAAGAAGAAAAUGAAGGUUUUUAG